AUGCAGUUCCAGCCUAUGUGCCCCGUUCAUUUCAUCCACCCCCAACAGUUGCGUCCUCGAUUCUGCAUCUUGCGUCCCGGUGGUGUUCCUACGCCUCUUAUUGCAGCUGAUGAGCUUCCACCGUGGCUUCGAAUCUCUCAUCCGUCCCCAGAUAUGUUCAUCGGCUUGCAGCCUGUUUCUCCAACCUACAUACCACGGGAAGGUGAAUACCAGGUGACAUGCACCAACUGCUCAAGCAGCGCCUCUUCUAUGUCCGUGAACCACAGUGUUUCCGACCGGAAUGAAGACGUGCAGACUCCCAACUCCGCUGGCAGCGGGACUAGAAGCUGUACAAGUGCUCAGUCGCUUUACAUCGGCAAGCAAGAAAAUGGAGCCGCAAUUGUCCCAAAGUUUCCCAUUGGGUUCACCAUUGGAAAUUCGCCAUUCGAUGCAACACUGCAAAGUCCUGUCAUUGGCCUUUACAGCUCAAACAUACCUCCAAUGCCCCCGCGGACUGUGGAUGUAUCCGCUUCGACUGUGUCGCAGCCACAAAGCAGUGUGGGUUCGAGCUCGGGUUCUGAGCGCCUCUCAACAAAGCUCGGCAAGUCCGUAAAGCCAGAUACCCCGGGAGAAUUUGCCGACUCUUCAGAAACCCCUGACACAUGUGCGGGCUCGUCGAACAGAACAAGCAUCGCCUCUACCCGAUCUCUCACUGCGGCCGUUGAGCGACUCAGGAAAAAACUCAAUUUGAAGAUAAUAUCUCACCAAAACAGCUUUCGCCAGAAGGUUCACAGAGCAGUCCAGGCUGAUUCUGACUGGCCCAAACAACCCAAAGCUCACCGAGUCCAUUCCAAGGCCCCUCGACGUGUCAGAACCCCUCGCCGGCGCCGAGUCAACUCCAAGAAAUUGAAGUCAGAGCACUACAGUCUCAUUGAAAAGAACAAAGAUAUAGAACUGAACUUCGAGCAGCCGAAUUCAGCCACCAAGCGACGUGAUCGUCGCGAACGCUUGACCCAGCGAUUACUUCAUGGUAGACAUGACGUGGACUGCAAAAGCCGCUACUGGCACAUGGCGAAGAUCCCAAAAUAA